UUUUUGUGUUUUUUUACAAAAUAAAAUUUACACAAAAACAAAUGUUAAAAAAAAUUGAAUUUAUUCCUGAUAAAUUAAUCUCUCUUCAACAAAGGAAUUUCUCUACUAUCAGUAGUAAAGGACAAAUAAUAAGUCAAUUAAGAAAUUAAAACAUUUCGACUUAGUGAAAGUCUCUAAAGAAAACAGAAAAAGAAACAAAUCGAUUAUGGUUGGAAUUGUUGAUGAAUCUUUUGUUAAAUUUCCAAUAAGUUCUCGAAUUCGAAUCAACAAUAAUACUGGCACUGUUAAAUAUGUUGGAGAGGUAAAUGGUUAUGAUGGAAUUUGGAUUGGUAUCGAGUGGGACGAUCCCAGUCGAGGCAAACACAAUGGAAUCGUCAAUGGACAAAGGUACUUCCAAACUGGCCAUCCAACAUCUGGUAGUUUUGUUCGAGUUGGCAAAGUGGCUGCCUUCGAAUCACUCGAAGAAGCCGCACGAGAAAGAUAUUUAAAUACUUCGGGAUGUAUUUUGGACCAAAAGCUAUUGCUGGAGGCUCAAGCUCAUAUUCAGGCUUCUUUAAUGGAAAUUGUUGGCAUGGAUAAGAUUGCCCGGAAACAAAGUAAACUCGAACAUUUGACGGAGAUUAGUGUCGAUGGUUCAAAUGUUAGUUCAGCUGGUUACUUAAUGGAAUUCAUUAAUUUAACAACACUUAAUUUGAGUCAUACAUUGAUUUGGAAUUGGAGUGAUGUUGCUAAUAUAACAUCGCAAGUACCUACGCUUGUUAACUUGAACUUGAGUUGCAAUCGAAUGAAAGUGCCUACAAAUGAGCAAAUUGUUAAAUUGGAAUCAUCUUUUCGUAAUUUGGAACAUAUUAAUUUAGGCAAUUGUGGAUUUAGAGAUUGGGAUGAUGUUAAGGCGACUGCAAAAUUAUGGCCAAAUAUUUUAUCGGUUGGAUUGCAAGAGAAUGAUAUCUCAGAACUUACGCCUAUUGAUUGUAUGGAAAUAUUCAAGAAUUUACGUGAACUGGAUUUACAUCGUACAAAAAUUUCGGACUUUGAUCAAAUUGUUAAAAUUGGAAAUAUAAAAACCUUAAACUGUUUACAUUUAAUGGAAAAUGGUAUUGAAGAAGUUAAGCUACCCGAUUGUGAUCCAAAUAAAAAACUGAAUAUAUUUAUUGGCUUGGCAAAAUUGAAUUUAUACAACAACCCGAUCUAUGAUGAAAUUGGUACCUUUAAUGAACUUGACAAACUUCCGGCACUCGAGAAUCUCAGUAUGACUCCACAUUUGAAAAGCGAUUUUGAUGAAAUGUUCUCCAAGGCAAUAGCAUCGAUUCCCCAAUUGAAAGUUGUCAAUAAAAUAGAAAUAACCAAAGAAGAUCGUCGCGGCUCAGAAUAUGAUAUUUGGAAGAGAUAUGCCUUAGACUGGAUGCAGAGUGAGAAAAAUCCUGAUUUAAAAUUGGCAUUUUGCAAAAAGCAUCGUUCUUAUUCGUUAUUGGUUAAAAAAUAUGGGUCGCCUGCUGAAUUUGUUCCACGUAUAUUAGGUAAAGUCUCGAAUUUGAUAAAACUUCGCAUCCAGAAUAAAAUUACCGGUGAAGUUUGGGAGAAAAAGGUUCCAAGGAAAAUAUCAGUUCAAACUCUACAAGGUCUGAUUAUAAAACACUUUAAGCUGGAAAAUACAAUGCCAAAGCUAUCCUAUGCUGACGCUAAACAUCCUGAUUUAGUUGUUGAGUUGGAGAAUUCUUCAAAGAAUUUGGACUUUUAUUCGAUUCUUGAAGGAGACACAGUAACAGUGGAAUGGUAAAGAGCAUUGAUGGAAUAGUCUCUAACAAGUACAAUUUAUGCAUUGUUACACAAAAGGCAAUAGACUCUAAAACAAAACAGCAUUUUUUGUUGGUUAGAUGUUUCUAGAAGAAGUGAUUUUUAUGUAUUAACCUAUAUUUUUAUUUGUCAAUAUAAAUCCAGGCUGAGCAAAUUCUUUGUCAGAAAAUAUUUUUAAUUUUUUUUUUAUUAAAAUAAUUAUUUUUUAUUU